CUUCAAAAUCGACCUCUCGCUCAAGGUCACAAACACGCAGGACAUUUUCCAAAGGCCGAUCUCAAUCUCAAAACAAUUCAUAUCGCCCACCUUCCACAACCCGUGGGCGCUCCAGAUCUCGACGACCCAAUGAUUCCUAAUCCAAACUACCAGCCCAACCAACACCCUCUCACAACCAAUUUUAUAAACACUUUAAAAAGGAAACUAGUUUGUCCCUAUACCCCAACGCCCCAUUAUAACUUUACUUUAAGAGAGAAAAAAGCUUUAAGAAACCUAGUAGAAAACAAAAAUUUGGUUAUUACCCAAACAGAUAAAAACCUAGGUUUAGCUAUUAUUCCGUAUAAGGAAUAUAUUAAAGCUAUACAAUAUCUACUCCCUCUUGAGGAUUAUGAAGAAAUUAAUUUACCCGAAAAAGAGGUUAUUCUGCUUAUUCAAAGAAGAAUUUUCGAUUUACCUAUGACAGAUAAGCAGCAAAAUUUCUUUAUCCCAGAUGAGGCUGAGUUACAACUGCCUUUCUUUCACGCUUUACCAAAAGUGCAUAAAAACCCACUUAAAUGGCGUCCCAUAGUAGGAAUGCACUCAGCACCUAUAAAAAGGCUAUCGGUUUUUCUCUCGGAGAUUCUUAAGGAUUGGAUGAAAAGGCUAGAACUUCACUUUAACUUGGAAUGGAUUCCAAUUAAUGAUAAUUUUCAACUUAUAUUGCAAAUUGAAAAUUUAAACCAGGAAUAUAACCAAGUAGCAACAGGUGACUUUGAAUCAUUAUAUACAAAGUUUACCCAUCAAGAGAUUCUUUCAGCCUUUGAUUACCUUAAUGAAUAUGCUUUACCAGUUGAGCAAUUUUUUGGUUUUAAUAAACCAAAAAUUCGGUUUAUCCUAGGUCUAGUUAUUGGAAAUAACUAUUUUAAAGCUCUAGGAAAAAUCUUUAAACAAAAAAACGGUAUAGCAAUGGGGACUAAUGCUGCAGUUCAUAUAGCACAACUUACAUGUUUCGCUCACGAACUUGUAGCUUUAAGGAAUGGACUUUUUAGCAAAGUCUUUUAUAGAAGAUAUAUUGACGAUAUUAUUAUAUUUUUUAAUAAUGAUGUCAACCCUACAGCUUUUUCUUCUAUUUAUCCUAAUCAUCAUAAUAUUUCCUGGGAAAUUUUAAGCAACG